AGUUUUGAAAAUGAAAUACGACGUUGCGAAUUUUACUCAAAGCCAAUUCACUAGCUAGUAGGGAGUAGGGAUUAGGGACUGACGGAUUGUAGGGUCGGGACCGAUCCCUAUUAAAAACAAAAAGAAAAAGAAUCCACUAUGCCUGAGGGACCUGAGCUUCAUCUUUCAAGCUUAUUUAUCAACGAUUCUGUGAAAGGAUUAAUUUUUUCUGGAGAAAUAAAAAAAUCUGAUGUUUCAAAAAAUCCAACAAUACAAUGGGAUGUUCCAUUUUACACCAUUACGGCUGAAUCUCGAGGUAAAGAAAUGAAACUUUGGCUAGAAGAAUACUCACCAAAGGAAGGAAAGGAAGUGAUGCCACCACAGAAGAUAUCCAUCCUUUUCCGGUUUGGCAUGUCUGGAUGUUUCAAAUUAUCCAUUGUUGAUGAAAUUCCAAAGCAUUCUCAUUUAAGAUUUUUUACAGCAAAAAACAGUGUUGAUCCCAAACAAGUUCUUAGCUUUGUUGAUUUUCGAAGAUUUGGAAAAUGGGAAGUCAAUGUUGAUUGGGGUUCAGACAGAGGCCCUUGUCCUAUAACAGACUACGAAAACUUCAGACAUAAUAUUGUGAACAAUUUAGAGAACUCUGCUUUUAAAAAUAAAGCUAUCUGUGAAGUUUUGCUGAAUCAAAAGUAUUUCAAUGGAAUUGGAAAUUAUCUUAGGGCUGAAAUAUUAUUCAGAUCAAAAAUAGCUCCUUUUGAUGAUGCUUAUAAUGUGCUCUGUGAUUGGAAACAUGCAGCCAUGUACCCAAUAAAAACUGAUAAUGUUGCUGGACCCAGUAUUCAGGACCCACUGUAUCUUUGCCAUGCAAUAUGCAGUGAAGUAUUGAAACUUAGUGUUGGAUACGGUGUGGAAGCUGGCCUCAAGGAGAAUGGAUCUUUUGAAAAAUGGCUUCGAUGUUACCAAAAUCCCCGCAUGAAAAGUCUAACGGAUAGAAAUAAACGAACCAUUUGGUUCGACGGUGUACCAGGGCCGCUAGUACCUAAUGAUAGCAAUACCCGUCGACCUAAAACAAAACGAAGGAUUGUCGAAAACGUGGUAGAAAAAUCUGUUACGGGAGUAAAGGCGAGAAAACGGAAUACCGUGACAGAAUCUACAGAACUCCGGGCUAGUUCACGAAUACCAACACGCCGCUCACCACGUUUUGCCCAUGUGCUUGACUUGAAAGGUUGAAAACCAAGUGGCAGAGGACUCUUGACGAAACUUGUGUUUUUGCUCAGUAUGGUUUUAAAAAAUGCGACGAGUGAAGAGCGAUGGAUGAGGAAAAAGUGGAAACGGAAACCAACAUGACACAAAAAGCAGUAAAAUAAUGAACAACGUGCGUAAUGAGAGAAUCGCAGGAUGAAACACUGGAAUCAUUAAGAUCAACAUUCGUCGUAGACCACAACUUCCACAUUCACUAUUGCUACCAACUAAAAUCGUUGGCUGAGAGUGUGUUAAGCAUGCGAUCAUCUUUAGAAAUUCCGAAUAGUCAACUAGUAGUGUUUUAGGCAGAAUAGGGUUAGAUACUUUUGUCAGCGCGACCAACGUCAGAUAGGAUAAAAGAUUAUCGAAGCAGUGUAUUAAUAUGUUGAAGAUAUAUAAAUGACGGCGACAUUUUGAACGAAGCGCUUUAAAAAAUUUCUAGGAAAGUCCAGAAUAGACAGUUCGCAAGAUUGGCGUAGUACUUUUCAUUGCAACGGACAUACAUUUAAUUUUCGAACCAAACUCGAUGUUCUUGAAAGAGCUCUUUGUACACUGGGAGAUCGUAGAAAGCUGCUUUACACUCAACGCUUUACAGUUGUUGUUUUUGACGAGAAAAAAAUAAAAAAAAAAUAAAAAACUAAACAAAAAAAAAAUUAGAAGGCGGCAAUAAUGAUGUUAUAAGAAAAUAGUAAAGUAAAGCGAUAGAGACGAUGCAGCAAUGAAGCCCACUGAUCAAUGAAUGCACUGGUCCCUUCACCAUGUAUGCGUAUACUACAUCAAAUGUUGCUGAGAAAGAAAUGUAAACUCUACAAAGAAGUUUAACGAAUAUGUACAAUACGACCAUAUUAGUAUCAGCGACGAUGAGCAAGAGUGAACGUCGAAACAGAUUUUUUCAUUUUCCUAAAACGAGAGAUUCAAAUAAAUUUCGCGUUCGAUGCAAA